AUGAAUAAUGUUUUUAGCUUUUCUAUUCUUGGUAAAUUAAAUAUAAGGACUCAACUCAAUUCGGCUUAUCGCAAUGAUCUAAUUAAACAUAAUAAUCAAGUGGAUAAGAAUCGAUAUGUAUUGAAUAAAAUUAUUAAUUGUAUAAGGUUUUGUGGAGCAUUUGAGUUAGCCUUAAGGGGUCACGAUGAAAAGGAAAAUUCGGAAAACAGUGGCAUAUUUAAGGAGCUGGUGAAUUUUAGCGCCGAAUUAGACAACGAAUUGAAAGUCCAUAUUCAAAGUGCCAAACUUUUCAAGGGUACCUCAAAAACAACUCAAAAUGAGCUUCUUGAGUGCAUGCUAGAUGUUUAUCAUGAAGAAGUUAAGAAGGAGAUUCCAAAUUCUCCUUUUGUUGCAGUAAUUGCCGAUGAAACGACUGACGUAGCCUGUGAAUUUCAAUAUUUGUGUAAAGGACAACCAGUUGAGAGAUUUUGGAGAUUUUACGUCCCCGACGGACACGAUGCCAAAUCAAUCGCUGCAUGCGUUUUAAAUGUUGUAAAUCCAUUACUAGAUCAAAAUCCAAAAAAAUUAAUAGCUCAAAGCUAUGAUGGUGCGUCUGUUAUGAGUGGUGAAUUGAAUGGCGUUCAAAAAAUUAUUAAGGAAACUUAUCCACUUGCAAAAUUGCCAAGAUCUUCCCAAACACGUUGGAAUUUUCAGUCACGAGGUGUUCAUACAGUUUAUGAAAAUAGGAAAGACCUGAUUGAAGUUAUGGACAAUAUAGAAAGUACUUCACGCGAUUGUUCGUCGAUUAAUCAAGCCAGUGGGUACAAAUUAAAGCUGCAAGAUACAAAUUUUGUAUUUUGGCUAAGUAUAUUCCAUAAAAUAAUGCCACAUGUUGAAAUUGUCUUUAACCAAUUACAAAAAGUAUGCACCGAUUCUGUUAAGGUCAAAAAUGAUUUAGAGAAUUUUGAAGCAGCAAUUCAAACUAUACGAGAACAAAUGGAUAGCAUUAUUGACGAGAUUGAACGAGUGCAGAGAGAAACUGAUGAACCGCCAAGAAAAAAAGGCAAGUUGAAGAAGGCAGCAAAAAACGGGAAGCGUUAG